AUGGCGUCCGAGAUGAGCCGCGCCAACAACUAUUGCUGCGAUUGCAUCGCCUCGCAAGGAAGAUGCAGUGCCGACACGUGCCCAUGCGUGGCAUCACGGAAGACGUGCGACGAGCAUUGCGAAAGUACAAGAUAUCGCGGCGAUUGUCUUAACCAGGCGAUUUGCAAAUGCUCGUGCGAAGUCGACCCGGCGAAACCGGCGAAAAACGCGUGCUCGAAAUCGGAACGCUGCGAUUGCCUUCGGAUAAAAGAGGGUUGCAGUAAGCUGUGCGCGUGUAAACAGAUUUGCAAGAAUAAGGAAGCCCCUAAAAAGAUUGCAAAAAUCGCGAAGCCAGUGGCCGGUUGUCAGUGCGCAAAAGGCAAAAAGCAAUGUGUGAAGAAGGAAUGCGCGUGUCGGAUGGUCUACGGCUUCUGCUCUUCAAACUGUAAAUGCUGUGGUGAUUGUACAAACGGCGCGUCAAAGUUCUCAGUUCCGAAGCAUGUUCAGAAUUGCUUCUUGGAGCACAAGCACGAGUCUAGUGGUUUAAUUGUUACAUUGAUAGGUGAAGAUUACGUGUAUCGCGGCGAUUUCUAUCACGAGUCGAAAGGUGAGCCGCAUGUUGAAGAGCAGCUUGUCGCGGCGAUCUAUGAUCUAAUAUCGAAGUACACUGUGAAUUUGCACGAAAUCCAAAUAUUCGUCUCGAAAUCGCCGUGCUUUCAUCAAGACUGCGAGCCGAAAUGCGAAGUCGUCGACGAGUGCAAAAGCAAUAAAGCGUGCGCGAAACUUCUCGGCCUUCUUCUGAGCAAGGUUCGUAAAGAGAUCAAAAAGGUGGACGUGAAAAUGACGGUGAAGUUCCUCUAUCCGCAUUUGAAUCGAGGCGAUUUGUACACAAAACAAGGCAUUUUGUGUAUGCUUCAAGCCGGUAUCAAGGUCGAGCCGCUGCUCAUGAAAGACUGGUGCUCAAUUAUGGAUUGGAGUCCGCAUGUGGAUCAUAAAGGCGAUUAUCUUCAAUUAUGGAAUAAUCAUCAUUUAGAUAAAGCUGUUGCUCAAUCGCAAUUAUUCAUCAACGAAUGCCGCCGCGCUCUGGGCUUAUCGAUGAAAUUCUGGGUGGCCGAAAUCCACGAGAUCGUCAAAGACACAAUUCUGCACUUCUCCGAUUUGCGCACAAAAUGCGGCGAUUUGAACGACGCGCUCAAACAGCUCGAUUUGACGGCGACGCCGCACAAAAUUCGCUCGACGCCGUCGAAACGACGAAGCUUCAUCGAUUUGCACGAGUUGCGCGACAAACUGCUUCGCUCAUCAUCGUCGGACGGCAACAAGAAAGCGGGAUCGCACGUGUCAGUAGCCAGCGAGGACGCACAAGCUCAAGCGAUGGUUGCCUCAUUUUGUGGCCGCUCAUUCGACGACUGUGAAACCGACGAGAUCGCUCAACGCAUUCGCCGCGCCACCGCCAACAUCAAUCUCGAAAUCGAGACGCUCAUGGAGUUUCUCAAUCAUAAAGGAGCGCUUUCAUAA